AUGUCCAUGUAUCCCGCCCAUCGAGGCAUGGGGGGUGUGCCCCCUGGCAAUGGCGGAGGACGUCUCAAUGAGCUCCUCGACCAGAUCCGCUCCGAGUUCGAGAGCCAGUUGCGCACUAGCGAGACCUAUGAGCAUCAGAUCCAAGCGCAGGUCAACGAGAUGCAGCUUGUCAGAGAGAAGGUCUAUGCCAUGGAGCAGACUCAUAUGACUCUCAAGCAGAAGUAUGAGGAGGAGAUCGCCCAUCUCCGUCGCCAACUCGAUCAAGCCAGAGGCGGUGCGCCGCAAGGUGCUUUGAGCGGACCCCCUCAGCAUGCUGGACCUCAGCAGCCUCCUAAUAUUGGUAUUGGAAGCAAUGUCUUCGGCGCCAUCAUGUCGGGCCAGGGCGGACAGGGUGGCCCUAUCCCUCCACCCCCACCUCCUCCUCAGGAGCAGCAGCCGCCUCCGCAUGCGAUCCCGCAGCCACCCCCGGGCCUCCAGGGACCGCCGCCGCCUCCUCCCCCGCCGUCGCAGCCCCCUUUCCAGGCCCAAUACCAGCAAGGACCGGCGCCGGGCGGCUUCCCAUCUCAGCCUCCCCAGAGCACCGCUUCUCCCGGCCCGGGAAAGCGAGGAGGAAUUGGUAGACCGCCAGCUGGCGGUCCUGCCACUCCUCAGAUCAACACUCCAAUCCCAUAUCCCGGCCCAGGCGCCUCACCCCAGGUGGCUUCUCAUCCCACCCCUGACCACGCCCGCAUGGCCCAGCCGCAUCCUCCUCCUAACAACGCACUUGGCGACCUGGAUCCUGAGCGCUUGCCGGCCCACUUCAAGAAGACUAGAGAUGAUUGGUUUGUCAUCUUCAACCAGGCUGUUCCUCGUCUCCUAGAUGUCGAUCUAGUUCACACUCUGCAGCACGAAAGUGUCGUAUGCUGCGUGCGUUUCAGUGCUGAUGGCAAGUAUGUUGCAACUGGCUGCAACCGAUCAGCUCAGAUCUACGACGUCCAGACUGGUGAGAAGCUCUGCGUUCUCCAGGAUGAGACGGUCGAUGUCGGUGGUGAUCUUUACAUUCGAAGCGUCUGCUUCAGUCCUGAUGGCAAGUAUCUUGCCACUGGAGCUGAGGACAAGUUGAUCCGAGUCUGGGACAUCCAGACCCGCACGAUCAGGAACACUUUCGGUGGUCACGAGCAAGAUAUCUACAGCUUGGACUUCGCUAGGGAUGGACGUACCAUUGCUUCAGGAAGUGGCGACCGUACAGUUAGGCUGUGGGAUAUUGAGACCGGAUCGAGCAUCCUGACUCUGACCAUCGAAGACGGCGUCACUACAGUCGCAAUCUCCCCCGACACGAAAUAUGUCGCCGCUGGCUCUCUUGACAAGAGCGUCCGUGUCUGGGAUAUCCAGCACGGCUAUCUGGUCGAGCGCCUCGAGGGCCCUGAUGGCCACAAGGAUAGUGUUUACUCCGUGGCUUUCUCGCCCAACGGGAAGGAUCUAGUUAGCGGUAGUCUAGACAAGACCAUCAAGAUGUGGGAGUUGACUACUCCCCGUGGCCUGUCGAACCAUACGGGCCCUAAGGGUGGUCGAUGCGUCAAGACCUUUGAAGGUCACAGAGACUUCGUUCUCAGCGUUGCCCUGACCCCUGAUGCCCAGUGGGUUAUGUCUGGCUCUAAGGAUCGUGGAGUCCAAUUCUGGGACCCACGCACUGGAAACACCCAAUUGAUGCUCCAGGGUCACAAGAAUUCCGUCAUCUCUGUUGCUCCCUCUCCGACUGGAGGUUACUUUGCCACUGGAUCUGGCGACAUGCGUGCUCGUAUCUGGUCUUACACUCGCAUCCAUGGCGCUUAG